UAAAUCUGCAAUCAUUCCUAAGACGCGCGAUUCAAGUGUGCGUCUGUCAUUACGCUUUAUGAAAUACCCCAAAGCUAAACAUCCUAUAAAACCCCAAGACAAAACUAAAAAGAAAUAAUUACUUUUAAACAAGAUGGAGCUGCUAUGGAUGUUAUUUACGCUUCUCAUUGUUCUAGGACCUGUAACAUUUAUAGGUCUUCUUGCGGCAAUUCACAUUUGGUUCUGCUACUCUGAAAGAGCUAAAAGUUAUGAAAAUCUUCCAACAUACGGUAGAACGAACCCUGUUUUGCUCGGAUGGCAACAUUAUCAGCAAAUAAGCAGAACAGGAAAAGAUGGUCCACUGGCGGCAUAUUUUUUUAACAUAAGCUCUGCUUUUGCAUCUAUGUUCCAAUAUGAAGGGCUCUUCUUUAUGUGGAUUGGUUUCCGACCGUACGUGUUCAUUUAUAAAGCAGAGCACGUCAAAGCAGUCUUAACCAGCAGAUUAGCUGAUGAUAAAUCUCAUGAUUAUGAAUAUCUUCGGCAUAUUGCCGGAAAUGGUUUAGCUACAAGUUCUGCUAAAGAAAAUGCGCAGCGAAGAAAAUUACUUCAACCAGCCUUUCACUCGAGAGUUCUAGAGAAUUUCAUCCCUUCAUUUAAUGAACAUUCCUCAGUUCUUGUUAACAAGCUUAAAACUACGAUAAAUAAACCCUGGAUUGAUAUUACGCCUAUGAUGACAGCUUGCACAUUGGAUAUUUUAUGCGAUGCUUUAAUGGGGAUCCGGAUCGAUUCCCAGGAGGGGAAUAAAGAAGCUUUCGAAUUCACAGAAGCUGUGGAAGAGAUAAUAGACCUGGUCAUGCAUCGAAUCGUGAGACCGUGGUUCAUUUCUGACAUUAUCUUUUUCUCCAGUUCUGCAGGGGAGCGAUUUAGAAAAGCUAGAAAGUCCGUAGAAUAUUUUGUUGGAAAGGCCAUUCAAGACAAGAGAAAAUCACUCAAACUAGAUUUAAAUUAUAAUGAAUUCAAUCAACAAUCGAAGAGGACAAACAAAUCAUUCUUGGAAGUUUUGCUGGAACAACACGCUAAAGAUUCAACUUUUACACUUGAGGACAUUCAAGAUGAAGUGACCACUUUCAUGUUUGCGGGACAUGAUACAUCAGCUAUCGUUGUAACUUGGGUCCUUUAUCUACUUGGUCUUCAUCCUGAUAUCCAAAAUAAUGUUUAUGAAGAGCAAUGUUUGAUAUUUGGAAAAAACAAGACAGCGGAAGUUACUAAUGAAGAUAUGAAGAAGAUGGUAUAUUUAGAAAACGUUAUUAAGGAAACUCUGCGACUUUAUCCACCUGGACCUAUCUUUGGAAGAAAAAAUAAAGAAAGCAUAAAAACUGGUGAGUUUUGCUUCCGGUUUUUGAAUCUACUUUUUCCCACAACAAUCAAUAAUAUGACUAUUCAGUCUUCGGGAUACAUUUUAUAUGCGAUGCUGAUGCAAAAUGAAUUCCAAACACAAGAAGAACUUGUG